CAUCAGAUGAGGUCCGUGACAAGGAUGUAGUGAUGCAAGAUGCUCAGCCUGCCAAUGGCAAAAAGACAGAUAAAACCAAGGCGGCCAAACCAACCGCCUCGCCCGGAAAGAAAGUCAAAUUGCCGACAUCAUCCAAGGACAUUUUAGCUAAGGCUGGAGCACUCAAAGCAUCGAUUGCAAAAGCUUCCCAAUCAAGCGACGAGUCCUCGGACUCCUCUUCGGAGGGUGAACCACCCAAAAAGGCUACCCCUGCUUCAGACUCCGAUGACUCAUCGGAUGAUGAAAAGCCAGCCAGUGUCCCGGGCGGCAAAAAGGGGAAGGGUAAAGAAAGUGGUGAUUCUUCCGAUUCUUCGAGCGACGAGAGCUCGUCAGAUCAGGAUGGGGACAAGGGUACUGAGGCUCAGCCUGCCAAGGCGCAAAGCAGAAGCAGAGCCGUCCGUUGCCCCAAAAAAGGUAAAAUUGGUUGAUGGCGAUGCCGCUCCUAGCGUAUCGAUCGAGGAAACGAAAAGUAUUUUCGUUGGUCGGCUAUCAUGGAAUAUCGACAACGACUGGCUUGCGCAGGAAUUUGCCUCCUGCGGCGAAGUUGUCUCUGCUCAAGUACAAACAGAUCGCGCAACCGGAAAGUCGCGCGGUUUUGGCUAUGUACACUUCGCAUCCGCAGAUGCGGUUGAAAAGGCUCUCCAAAUGAAUGGCAAGGAAAUUGAUGGACGACCUGUCAAUAUUGACAAAAGCACUCCGCCGGAUAAAAGCACUGUCCGUGAAAACCGGGCAAAAUCUUUUGGCGACACGCAGAGUCCAGUAUCAAGUGUUCUCUUUGUUGGGAAUCUUAGCUUUGGUGUCAACGAGGACCAACUUUGGGAAGUCUUUGGCGAGCACGGCGACGUUAAAAGCGUUCGUGUUCCAACGGAUCGUGACUCGGGAAGGCCGAAAGGUUUUGCCUAUGUCGAGUUUAGUGCUGUGGAGGCCGCACAGACAGCCCACGGGCAGCUGCAGGGUUACGAGCUUGACGGCCGCAGCCUUCGCUUGGACUAUUCCCAACCAAGAGACAACGCCGGGGGUGGACGGGGUGGGGGUCGUGGAGGAUUCGGCGACAGAGGUCGUGGACGUGGUGGGUUCGGUGGCGGUGACCGCGGACGUGGACGUGGUGGGUUCGGUGGUGAUCGUGGUGGGCGAGGACGCGGUCGAGGUGGUGACCGUGGUGGGAGGGGUGGCGGCAGAGGCCGAGGGGGCGCACGCACUGGAGCCGUCACUCAGUUUGAGGGGUCCAAGAUCACUUUCGAUUAGACAUUUUGCGAUGUCAUUCUGAGCUCCUAUGGACUGCUACACGGCGCUACCCCAAAAUGAUGACUUCCCACUUUCAACGUGGCCCAAGUCGUUGCAUAUCUUUCGUAUAUACAUACAUAUGCACAAUGUUCUAUCGCUGCGGUUGACAACUUGAUCUAUCAUACUUCAUUAACUGUGAAUUCAAGGUAAAGGGGGAAAAGGGAUGGUAA